AUGUCUCAACGUUUGCGCGUUUACUUGGAAAAAUGUUUAUGCUUAUUUUGUGUGCCGUUCUACAGAUCUUGCUUCUCUGAUUGCAACCAACAACGACGCUUAAGAUGUGCUGAUUUCAUUUGGGGAUUUGCCUUGGGGCAGAUAUAUUAUUAUUGGUUAUUAACAAGAGUACCCUUUCCGUACCACAUAGGUUUAAUAGUGUCUGUAUUUCUAAGCUUAUUUCUUGGUUUGUGCUGCACAGUUUCCAUGCAAACAAGAUGCAUAUCCCUACUUAUAUACCCGAUGUUCUGCGGCAAAGCUGGUCGAGGAGUCCUCAAAGUGGUCGUGCUUACAUACGUAGUUGCCGGACCUAUCACAAAUAUGGGUAUCAACGCCCGCGAGGUGGUACGUGUCUUUGCCUGCAGCACACAACUGUCCUACAAUCUUUCUAAGGAGGAGCACACUUUAAUUGCAGAACCUUUUAGGAAAACUGCGCUCGGUGUGCAUAGAGAAAUGGAUCAGAUUAAGGAGACUUUACGGUCAGUCAGUGAUAUAGUAUCUCCUAUAGAAUACGAAAUAGAGAAUACAGAAGAGAUAGAACUGAAACGAGAAGAGAACGAUUACUUAGACAAGUUGUUGGGCUCCAAAUGUCGUUCCCGGCUAAUUGAGAAGAAAUAUAAAUCCCUAUUACCUUUACAAGAAGAUUUUACCCAUCUACAACUUAUCGAUAAGAAGAAUAUCUACCAAAAUAUGUAUAAGAAGAAGUUUGAGUACCGUUGUGAGAAUUUACUGACGCAUGCUAUUUCCACUUGUACGGAAGCGUUUGACAUAGCAUAUGACCAAUGUCUAGCUGCAUUGAGGGUUAAUAGUUCAUUGAUGUGCCGGCCACUGAAGUUGGAUCAUGCUUGCCAAAUAGUACAUAUUAUUGGUAGCAACGCAACAUGUGAUAGUACGAAGCAGACGGAUCUUGGUUUCGAAGAAGGCUAUAUUGCUCUCGAACGAGCUAAGCAUGAACUAACUAAUAACUUGGAGGACAUUAAAUUGCAAUAUAAGGUGGCAUAUGAACGAGAGCUGUACGAUAUUCAGGAUGCAAAAGAAACCGGUGAACGCGUCAUCCAUGCAUUCGAAGAGAAGAUUACAUUAAUGGGGACAGUAGCUGUCGCUUUAAACUUGUACGUGGCGUUUCUGUUUCUUCGCAUCUUGGUAGCAGCCGUAAACUACCACGACAGAUAUCUCACGAAUAUUGAAUACGAUAACAUAUACAUAACAAAGUACUUCAAGCAGUUGGACGAGAGGCGGGAGAUGAGAGGCGACAUGACAUUAUUGCCGUUGAAAAAGAUGGAAAGGAUCAAAUAUAUAGAUGUACACUCGAUGUCGUAUAAAAAUGUGGAGCAGAAUACUUUUCUCGCUCAGAUUUUAAAGGUGAUGCUGGAGAUGGUGACAGCGACCACCUUUGUGAUGUUAGACCGAUUAUUCUAUGAAGCCCUUGAUGUGGUACGUCAACAUGCUCAAAUCGAUGUCGUGCAAGAAGAUUCUAGGGACGUAGAUAUUGAGGUGGAAGGCUCUGGCAUUUUAGCCUCGUUAUUUCGCAAGCUUCUUGAGAACAUUUCUUCAGGAGGAUCAACACAACGCUCCUUCACUAACAAGGAGUGCGUACCGCAUCCUCGACCCAUGCCGUUCUACUAUUACUUCAAGAUAUAUGGAGGCUACCUUUGGAUAUUGCUGCUGUUGUAUGUCAAUCCGUAUACGCUGAGAUUGAGGAGACUUGCAUGUAGCUAUUUCUAUCCAAAGCGCGAAAAACAACGCAUACUGCACCUGUAUAACGAUAUACUCAAGAAACGUAUGAAGAUGCAGAAGACUUUGCGCAGGAGAGCCGUACAAACGGUACGCGCUCACUACCUAUCCGGUGAAAACCUUCUUAGCUUGAGAAUGAAGUUCCCUCAACUCUUUGGCUGGCUGCACGUCUUUCCCGCCGCAAGAAUGACAUGCCUUAUUUGCGGCGAGACCGAACCGAGGACUGUAAAGGCUGGCCAAGAGAGUUGGCACCCCUGCCGCGUGUCAAAAUGUCCGUUCCUGUUCUGCGGCGAGUGCUGGCGGGAGGCGGGUGGGCGUUGUCUUGCCUGCGACCCCAGUUUAGUAGAGCUCAGUGAUAUAGAUUCACUCAGUGAAGACGAACACCCAAAGUAUUAA